AUGUCAUCUUCUGGUUUACAAAGACGUCGUGGUGGUAAAGCUGCCACUACUUCAACAACUUCCAAUCAACAACAACAACAACUGAAUGAUGCAUAUGAUGAUAAUGAUGACUUCACUUCUAGUGGUAAUGGAGGGGGAGAUCAUAAGAUUGGAUAUGAUUCUCGUGAUAUUGAAGAUCGUCAGACUUUGAAAUUACCUCUUUUAACCUUGAUGGAAGAAGUUUUAUUGAUUGGUAUUAAAGAUAAAGAAGGUUAUUUAUCAUUUUGGAAUGAUAAUAUUUCAUAUGCUUUAAGAGGUUGUAUUCUUCUUGAACUUGCAUUCCGUAACAAAAUAACAUUGGUUAAUGAUCCUGCCAGACGUCGUUUUGAAUUGAGUGAUAGAUUGGUUGAAGUUAUAGAUUCUGAACCAACUGGUGAAGUAUUAUUAGAUGAAGCAUUAAAAAUUAUGAAAAAUGAUGAAUCAAACUUAUCAGUCACCAAUUGGAUUGAUUUAUUAAGUGGAGAAACUUGGAAUUUAAUGAAAAUCAAUUAUCAAUUAAAACAAGUAAGAGAAAGAUUAGCUAAAGGUUUAGUUGAUAAAGGAAUCUUAAGAACUGAAAGAAAAAAUUUCUUCUUAUUUGAUAUGGCAACUCAUCCUGUGGCCGAUAAAUUAUCUAAAGAAUAUCUUAAAAAUAGAGUAUUAGCUUUAUUAGCUCAAAGAACAGUUGAUUUAGAUAGUAUUGCCAAUGAUCAAUUUGGCAAAGAAACUUCAUUCAAACAUUUAAGAUCAAUUGCAUUAGUAUGUGGAUCUUAUGCCGCCAAUGUCUUAGAAAAUGUAUUAUUAUCAUUGAAUUAUGAUAAAAGAGAUCAAGCAUUCGCCAGAGCUGAUGAAUUACUUAACGAUUUUAGUGAAUUCCCUUUCAAUUUAUCAACUCAAUCUCCAUUGGGUAUAGGUUUGAAUCUAGGUCAGGAAGUAAAUGAAGAAAUUGAAAAGGAUUCAUCCGGUGAAUUACAAUUAGAAUUAAUCGCAGCUGUAUUAAGUGUCUUUUCAAGAAUGGAUUCAAUAUUAUAG